AUGCAACCUCUAAUAUCACCGAUUGAUCACGAGUCACGUACCAACUCAUACCGCGCAGAAGAUGAACCCAGAACUUCCGAGGCGUCGCCGCUACUGCAGCGUUUUCCAAGAAGGCCAGUACAAGAAGAACAAAGAUACCAGACCACCAUGGCCGUCACCCUACUCUUUCUAGUUCUAUUUGCGGGAAUUUUAAUAGGCAUAUAUUUGUUGGUUAUCCAGAACAGAUCAGAGAACGUUCUACCGCCUGUCGAGCAGCUGGUGCUUAUGGGAAGUCAGGUGAUAGUCGUCGAGACGGGCACGAGGCAGUGUUACGGCACAUCGGACUGCGCUAAGCUGCUGAAUGCGAUACAGGCGACAAACACAUCAAGUAUACCGUAUAACUUCAUGAUAUCUUCAGAUGGGGAGACGUUCGAAGCUCUCGGUUGGAGAAGACGGUCGCCUCUGUUUCCUCAAUACUCUGCGGAUGUCUUAGUGUUAGCUUUUAUAGGUGAAAGCCCUAAGCUGAAAAGGGCUUCAACAUAUCAAGUUAAAUUCCCAUUAAAUGUGUGGGCCGCACUCAUUGACAACAUUUUGAUUGGUCCAAUUAUACUCCCGAGGGCCCUAACUGGAGAGAGAUUUCUUGAACUUUUAAGGGACAAAUUGCCGUUGCUGUUGGAGUAUGUGCCGCUGCAGGAAGAAUGA